CAUCCUUGGUCGCUACUCGUCCGGACUAUAUAUUCCCCACUGCCCACCACUCGAGCACUUCACGGACCUAGGGUUUUGCUCCCGCCGCCGCCGCCGAAGCCGCCGCUGCGUCUUCGUCUCCGCCGCGACGAUGCCGUCCCACAAGACCUUCCGCAUCAAGCAGAAGCUGGCCAAGAAGCAGCGCCAGAACCGCCCCAUCCCCUACUGGAUCCGCAUGCGGACCGACAACACCAUCAGGUACAACGCGAAGCGCAGGCACUGGCGCCGCACCAAGCUCGGGUUCUAGAUCCGGCCCGUCCGACCGCCGCGUGGGGGAGCCAUGGCUCAAGAGUUAUCUGCAUUUUGUUUUAUGGACGUUUCAGUGUUUGUUAUGCAAGCUAGGAAGUGAUCCCAGGAUGUCUCUGUUAACAAUUUCUUCGUGUUAUGAGGAUUGCUUGUACCCUGGUGUACUGAUGUUACCGUGCUGUGCCAAGUAAAGAACCUUUGCUAUAA